UUUGGAGAAGUGGUGUCUGAAGCCUGGACAAAUUGGGGGAAGGGAAGCCGGAAAGUACAGUGGGACCGCACUUGCUCCGCCGUGCGACCGGGCCUGUCUUUCUCCCCUACUCCGUGGGGGUUUUUCUCGCGGAAGGGGGGGUUUACACAGCACAUGGGAAGCAGUUUGGAAUCCUGGAGGCGGCGGACGAAAGUGGUGCGGGCUUUGCUGCUCAAAGUUCCCGUUCCGCUCGGGCGGCCAGUCUUAUGAGACACUGUGUCAUCGUGCCCAGCUGGGGCGAGCGGGAGGAAAAUCCCUGAGAGCCAAAUUUGGCACUGGACCGGGGGGUGGGGGGGGGAAAUGCCAUCUUCAGUGAUUUGCGGCGCCUGCUGAAAGCGACCGAGCGAGCCCCGCCGGCCACAGACACUACAACGCUCCUGGCUGGGUAAUGUACAAGAAUCGUCGCCUUCUCCGCUCGGCGUGUGAAACCUUUCAUUGUAUUUAAUAUAGACAUAUACAGACAUUUUUUUAAAAAAAAAUGACGAUCUGCUUGGAAGCAUCAUGGCCAAUGGGACGGGGGCGACGGUCAUGCUGAAAUGCGUGGUGGUCGGAGACGGAGCGGUGGGCAAAACUUGCCUGCUCAUGAGCUAUGCCAACGACGCCUUCCCGGAGGAGUAUGUGCCCACCGUCUUUGACCAUUACGCAGUCAGCGUGACUGUUGGUGGCAAGCAGUAUCUCCUUGGGCUGUAUGACACUGCGGGACAGGAAGACUAUGAUCGCCUGAGACCAUUAUCUUAUCCCAUGACUGACGUCUUCCUCAUUUGCUUCUCUGUGGUAAAUCCAGCUUCCUUUCAGAACGUGAAGGAGGAAUGGGUGCCAGAGCUGAAAGAAUAUGCUCCAAAUGUACCCUUCUUGUUAGUUGGAACCCAGAUUGAUCUUCGAGAUGAUCCCAAAACUUUAGCACGGCUGAAUGAUAUGAAAGAGAAACCAAUAUCUGUGGAGCAAGGACAGAAGCUAGCAAAAGAGAUAGGAGCUUGCUGCUACGUGGAGUGCUCAGCUUUAACACAGAAAGGACUGAAGACCGUUUUUGAUGAAGCUAUUAUAGCCAUUUUAACUCCAAAGAAACACACAGUGAAAAAAAGAAUAGGAUCGAGAUGCAUUAAUUGCUGCCUCAUCACGUGAGACCCCACUGGGACAAUGGCCACACCUACUGUGAAACUUCCAUGCAUAUACACACUUCUUAAAAUCCUCCUGUUAACUGAUCAUAAAUUAA